AUGACAGAGCAUAACUUUGAAAUGCAUUUAAAAUCUACCCUUCCUCCCAAAGAUAAUCCUAUUUCUUUAGCAUAUCUUUCUCAAUGUGAUGGAAGUAAUGAGAAUUUUCCAAUUUAUGUCGCUAUUAAAGGCACUGUUUUUGACGUAACAUCUAAUAGAGCCUCGUAUGGUCCAGGAGGUGGUUAUCAUAUAUUUGCAGGGAAAGAUGCUUCAAGAGGUCUUGGAAAAAGUAGUCUUAAAGAAGAAGAUGCAGUAGCUGAUUAUUCGAAUUUGAAUGAAAGUGAACUUGAAACAUUAGAAAAAUGGUUUGAUUUCUUUUCUAAAAAAUAUAAUAUUGUCGGAAAAGUUCAAGACUAA